AUGGUGGCUGUCAUCAGCAUGGAGACGUUGACUGAGGAGACCGAGGAAGAACUUGCUGCCGAGCAGGACUUGGCAUCCCUUCGAACACCUGUUGACGAUGAGAUCGACGGGAAGUUCGUUGCCGCUCUCGAAGAAUGGGACGCGGUGGGCUUCAAGGAAAUCGAUCCGCAAGCAGCGAUCCCUUACGUGAAUGUGCCACAAUGCUCGCGUAUCAUAACGUUUGAAGAAGCCGCCGAGUCGAUAGUGGACUCCGUAAACAUGGAGGACCACAGGCAAACGAUCAAACCUGUUGUACAGAGGAAAGGUUUGAAGAAAUGGUUGUACAAACUCUUCGGAGCCGAAGCUAUGGUUGUUGAGCUGAUCGAGGAGAGGUGUCUGAUGUUCGCUCUCGCUCAGGUUCCUUUCGACUCAGACUCCAAAUGCCACAAUCAAAUGUUACAAACAAUCUAUCGGAAACUCAGUAAUAGCACCUACGACAGUCCGAGAUUCGGGGCUCACUGGGAGACCAUUGGAUUUCAAGGCAACGACCCCGCCACCGACCUCCGUGGCUGCGGCAUCCUUGGCCUCUUACAACUUCUCUACCUUUCCACGCAUCCGGACAACGAGGCUGUGACCAAAGAUAUCUACAACAUUUCCGUCGAUCACGUUCAAAAUUUCCCGUUCGCGGUCAUGGGAAUAAACAUGACGAAGAUCGCACUCGAAGCCCUCCGUGAGGAUUGCCUGAACAAACUCUGCAACCGUCGACGCUGCGUGGCUCCGGUUCUCAACGACUUUUACGUCGGCACCUACCUCAUCAUGUUCCUAUCGUGGCAGAAAAGCGCCGCCACUGUCAGCGACACGGGCCACAUCCUGCAAGAAGUGGCGAAGUUCGUCAAGGCCUCACCCUCGGUCGUGAUAUCGAAUCUGGAGUUCUACCGCGAAAACGGGAUGCACAACACUUUUUGCGAACAGCACUUCACCAAUCUCGCCAGCGUCUGA